GAGCAAGUGUAAUAUAACGGACGCCAGCAUUCGGGGCUUGUCAGAGCAGACUUCACUCGCUCGCCGCACGGACGCCAUCCAGUGGAGGUUACGGGGAGUGACUGGUGUUCCAUAACCUUACUCUUGUUUACUACCUCCCUCGCUGUUUUUGACAAGCAGAGGGUCGCGGGGCGCAGUAUGUCGCUGUCCGUCAUGGUGAGCAACUGGCCGUGGAUCCUGACGGGGGCGCUGACGGGGUUCGUGGCGUACUGUAACAGGCCGCUCGACUGGCUCUCCUCUCCACCCCAGAAAGCCACAACAGAAUGGCUGAGUGACGCUCCCUUGAAGCGGCUUGCCGACGCGAAGGAUAUCCUGGGCGCGGAACUGUGGCGGGAGCGAGGGGCGGUGGUGAUGGCUGUGAGGAGGCCCGGAUGAUCUUUGUGUAGGGAGGAGGCGCAAGCCCUCUCCAGCCUCAAGGAACACUUCGAGGCUAAGAGAGUGCCUAUGUAUGCCCUUCUCCAUGAAGAGCUUGGCGCUGCCGAGUUCGCCCCGUAUUUCAAGGGCGAUCUUCUCCUGGAUGUAGAGAAGAGGUUCUUUGGCCCUGAGGAGCGUCGCAUGAUGGUGACGGGGAUGUUGAGGUGGAGUGUGUGGCAGAACUUAAGGCGUGCCACCAGCAAGGGUGUCGAGGGCAACCUGAAGGGAGAUGGAUCAUUGCUGGGCAGUGUGUUCUUGUUGGGUCCAGGCAGCCAAGGAAUCCUGUAUGAACACCGAGAGAGGGAGUUUGGCGACCACCACAACUCCACUGAGCUUCUGGAGGCAUUGUCCAAGUUACAAACACCAAGUGAUUAGAAAAUGCAAUCAGUAUGUGUGUUAAAUGGAAAUGGUAGCAAUACGUCAUUGGUUUUCAUUUUACCGUGUUUACCACAAAGAAAUACUAUCAUUGUUUUGUAUUGUUAUUUUUUUUGUUAUUGUUGUGCUGUACAUAGACUUGUUGCCACAUUCUGUUGUACAGUUUUUUGUUAUGAGUGUAGUUUGCCAGUAAAUGUUCAGUUUAUUACACUUCUCCAAAUAUUACCAUUAAUAUUUAGCUAGUCAACUGCAUUAUCUGAUAUGGAAGCAGUAAAAGUGCCCUGGAGUCAGUCAGUUGGGCAGUUACUGGAGAGCAAUACACAAGUGGCUAUAAUUAUGGCAACAGUGGUAGCUAUUGUGUCCAUAUACCUCGUCCUUGAUUGGUGUGCGUUUGUGUGUGUGUCUAUUUAUUGUUUAAGUAUGUAAAUGUAUGUUUAUAGUAUUUUUGUAAACUGAAGAGCCUCUGUAAAGCUUGGUGAUGUUGACAGUGAUGUGUGUGUGAGUGUGUAUGUGAUGUUGGGAAUGGUCGUGCAGCUCCAGGCCUCAAGUAAAGUGAAGGUUGUAACAUAAACUCAGUAGAGGUGCUGCAGCUGGAAGAAAUUUGAGAUCCAGAGUUGCAAAUUACCUCACCCUUCACCACCACACACACACAACCACCACUACCACCACCAAGAGAAACAUCCCCCUUCAUCCCAUUGUACAAGAUACCAAUAAAAUCUCUUUGUAAUAAG